AUGCCGUCCGCGUUUGACAGGGAGGCCAAGAAGUGGCUGAGCCCGGACGAGCUAGUGUGCGCGUGCGCCGAAGCCCUCCGCGAGCCUCUGUCCGUCGCGGACUUCGUCGAGAAGCUCGAGCGGCGCGUCAAGGUCCAUGACGUCAACCGCACGACCCUCGUGGAGGCUGUGCGGCGCGCUCGCACCGUCGAGGGCGCCUCCCCCGUGUUCACCGGAGCGGCGCCGAUCUGUUCCGCCGUCCGCGCGAGCGUCGAGGCCGCAGCGAAACGCCUCCCCACGGACCGCUACGCCUGGUCCUGGUUCAAGAGUGCCGUGUUGAAGGCAGAGCUGAAAGAGGGCAACUCCGGGCAGGCAGCUGCGCUACUCGGCCCGGACGGAAAUGAGGGGGGCGUGCGCACGACGUACGGGUCGCUUCGGCGGCUCGACCUGGCCGCAAUGGACCGGCGAGACGCCGCCGUGGACGCCGAGAAGCGCGAGACGCUGCGGCAGGACUCGGUGAAGGACCAGCGGCGGUGGUUUCCGCGAACGGCGAGCCGGAAGGCCGCGGAGCAGGCCGCGCAGUCCAAGGACGCGUCGCCCGCGGUGCAGCGGAGCAUGACGCUGCGCAACGACGACGCCCGGGAAGCGGUGCACGGCAGCCGGGCCGGGAAGCAGUCGGUAUUUGACAUGGACCGCGAGGCGCUGGAGGCCGACGGGUGGGAGCUCGCGGACUUCUGA